GUUGAAGCAUGCAGCAUUUCAUGGCGCACAGCGUUAUGAUGAAGCUAUUGCGGCUUUCCAAACGAUGCUCUCAAAAUUGGAUCGUACUUCCGACGCUGAGACACGAAAGUUUGCGCGAGCAGUAUCUCGGUCCAUCCGAAGUGGACUGCGCUAUUCGAAAGAUCAUCGAUACUCAACUUGACAAUGCUCCGAUGCGUGUACUCGACACUACUACCGGACUCUUAUGCGAUCGAGAGGCGCAGAUACGCACCUUCAAAUCGAGCAUAGAGUACAAGGAGCUUGUAUCAUCAACAAUCACGCAUUCUGACUUCCGAACGAAGCGCAUCAAAGAAGUGGUGAUGACGUAUUUCCAAUAUGCCAUGUUAUCGCAUAGGUGGGAAGGCAAGGAACCGCUACUGCAGGAUAUUCAGGGCAAGUCCUUCUGCAAAACUGCUCGUGAUUUGGGCUAUCGCUGGGCAUGGAGUGAUACAUGCUGUAUUGACAAGAGCAACAAUGUUGAGCUCCAAGAAUCGGUCAACUCCAUGUUUCGUCUGGUAUCACCCACUCCGCGCUCACAGUUGUAUACCUCUCGGAUGUUCCAGCUUCGUCAAAGUCUGGCGCACUGGCAAAUAGCGUUUGGAACACACGCGGAUGGACGGUUCAAGAAUUCCUCGCACCCCAACAUCAUUCUAUUCUAUCAGAAAGAUUGGACUCUUUAUCUCGACGAUCGCACUCCCAACCACAAAGAUUCCGUCGCGAUCAUGCAAGAGUUGGAGUACGCGACAGGCAUAGAUCGGCGAGCCGUCAUGGCCUUCCGUCCUGGGAUGAGAGACAUCCGAGAGAAACUUCAGUGGGCGUCGACACGUAUUACCACGCUGCAAGAAGACAUCGCAUACUCAUUAUCCGGCGUCUUUGGCGUCCGCCUACGUGUUGAUUAUGGUGAGAAGAAGCAGAACGCACUCGGGCGGCUCCUGCAGGAAAUCGUAACUCAGUCGGGCGACACCACAAGCCCUGGACUGGGUCGGAAAGUCAUCGGAGUUCAACAGCUGUCUACCAGCCGACAUCACUUCAUAUGAAGCUCCACCAUGCAAGCUGCCAUCUCUAUCCGAAGAUGAGAUUCAGUCAUCGGUCUCCUCGCUGCGAGGUAUUGUGGCUGUAGAAUCGGCUUCAAAAUUAUAUCAGACACUUGACUACCUGAGCGCUCCCCGUUUCGCG